UCCCAACCCGUAGCCGCGCCCUGUUACGACUGCGUGGGCGAUUCUCCUAUAAAAGCCGGUCUUGGAGCGUCUAGCCGCCACAGUCUCUUCCUGUUUCCAGCGCAGCUGUUGUUGCUGGAACUGUAGUGGCCGCGAAGAUGGCGUCUACCAGCCGUUUGGAUGCUCUUCCAAGAGUCACAUGUCCAAACCAUCCAGAUGCAAUUUUAGUGGAGGACUACAGAGCUGGUGAUAUGAUCUGUCCUGAAUGCGGUCUGGUUGUAGGUGACCGGGUUAUUGAUGUGGGAUCCGAGUGGAGAACUUUCAGUAAUGACAAAGCAACAAAAGAUCCAUCUCGAGUUGGAGAUUCUCAGAAUCCUCUUUUGAGUGAUGGAGAUUUGUCUACCAUGAUUGGCAAGGGUACAGGAGCUGCAAGUUUUGAUGAGUUUGGCAAUUCUAAGUACCAGAAUCGGAGAACAAUGAGUAGUUCGGAUCGGGCAAUGAUGAAUGCAUUCAAGGAAAUUACUACCAUGGCAGACAGAAUCAACCUCCCUCGAAAUAUAGUUGAUCGAACAAAUAAUUUAUUCAAGCAAGUGUAUGAACAGAAGAGCCUUAAGGGAAGAGCUAAUGAUGCUAUAGCUUCUGCUUGUCUCUAUAUUGCCUGUAGACAAGAAGGGGUUCCUAGGACAUUUAAAGAAAUAUGUGCUGUAUCACGAAUUUCUAAGAAAGAAAUUGGCCGAUGUUUUAAACUUAUUUUGAAAGCUUUAGAAACAAGUGUGGAUUUGAUUACAACUGGGGACUUCAUGUCCAGGUUCUGUUCCAACCUUUGUCUUCCUAAGCAAGUUCAAAUGGCAGCUACACAUAUAGCCCGUAAGGCUGUGGAAUUGGACUUGGUUCCUGGGAGGAGCCCGAUCUCUGUGGCUGCAGCAGCUAUUUACAUGGCUUCACAGGCAUCAGCUGAGAAGAGGACCCAAAAAGAGAUUGGAGAUAUUGCUGGUGUAGCUGAUGUUACAAUCAGACAGUCCUACAGGCUGAUCUACCCUCGGGCCCCAGAUCUGUUUCCUCCAGAUUUCAAAUUUGACACCCCAGUGGACAAACUACCACAGCUAUAAAUUGAGGCAGCUAAUAUCAAACUUUUAUGUACACAGAACUUUGCCUAUUGUACAUAGCCUAUACAACGUGCUGGGUUGAGCCUUUAAUGAGGAACAUGGUACGCAUUCCAGGGCUAAAUAUUAUUGCUUGGCAUUCUGUAUGUAUAUACUAGUGCAACAUAUUUAAUGAUUUGAAUUUCUUACUGAAUUUGCUUUCUUUUGUAGUGAUCUAGGAAACUGUAUUUUGGAAGAUACUGAAAUUAUGUAAUUCUUGAAUAAAACAUUUUUCAAAACUAAAUUUUUUGUUACAUUUACCUGUUAUAUGUAAUUUAUAAUAUAUAAUUUUAAAUAAUGUGUAUCACUGCAAUUGAUAGAGGUUGUUAUUUUUCAUUAUUUUUCUCAUAUAUUGAGGGUUUUAAUUUUAAUAGUCAUGGAAAUAAAAAAAAACUUUCAAGAAUGAUUGUUAACAUUUAUAACAUAUUUAGUUUGUAGUGUGAGAGAUUUAUUAAUAUAUGUUAAAAAAAAAAAAAAAGAAGAGCUGGACCCUGAAAGGCACCAGUGAAAAAGAUGUAAACUCUUUUUGUUAAUGAACUUAUCAAGCAGAAGGAUGAUGCUAUUAAGAAUAGCAACAGCAGAUCAAACAGAUUUUAGUUUGGGAUGUGACUAUUUCAUUUUGUAAAAAUCUGCAUAUCUACAAUUCUUUUUUAUUCUUAGUUAUGCUUAUUGGGACACCUAUGAAGUAAUGGGUCUUUAAAAUGAGGAUCACUGGUCCCUGGGAGUGUGCAGGAAUUUUUAAAUGAGCACUGUUAUGUGAUUUUUUUGAUGUGGUGGGUAUUUUGCUUAUUUUUCCUUAGAACACAUUGAUUUAGGGUCUCUCAAUUUCCAGGCACUGUAAAGGAAGGCCAAGAAAGUGUUGCUGUUUACCCACUAGGAUAGUUUAUACAGUGAACUUGUGUCUAUGAUAGGCAUCACCUAUGUAAAUUAUUGCUCUAACAGUGCUGUGAUUCUCACAUAUCUGAAUGGACAUUAGCACUAGAUGUGGCCUAGUGGUUGGGUUCAGACCCUAGUCUGUAAAGGGACUUUUUCCUUUUGAAGAUCAGACUUUUCACUGCUAUCCUCGUGACCAUAGGAAGAAGAGGGUUAUUGGGACCAUGAAGACAAAUGAUAUUUCUCUCUCAGACAAAAUGCAGGAUCCUCACACAGUACUGCUUAAAAGCAGUGGAAAACCCUAGGGAAAUAAAUACCAGGAGUCAUCUAUAUACAGGAUUAGAGGUCUAGUGAGGAAAUGCACAUUCCAGGCCAAUAGAACUUAUCCCACCCAAAGUGAGACCUAAGAAGAAGGAAUCUGAACCGUGUCUCCCUUUUCAAUAUAUUGAUCCCCAGCACCUCUCAUCCCCACAUGCCUUCAGCAUUGCCCUCGAGAGCAAUAGGCUCUAGUGACAAACCACAAAACUCCCAGUUCAGUGAAGGCUGCAAGCUGCAACCCAGUUAGAUCUCAAGACAGUUAUUUUUACAAUUAUCAAAGGUCAGUACAUACACAUGAUAGAAGAUUUGGAAAGUAAAAUAUGCAUAAGUUACCCAGAAAUAACUAAUUUUUUUUUCUUUUUCAGCUGUUUUACUGUGUUUAUUUUUUUAAACAGUUGAUUCAGGUGUGGUAAUAUGACCUUUUAGUAUUUUUUUUUCCUGGUUAAAAAUGUAUUGGGUGAUUAGAAAAAUGCAGAUAAAUAAAGGAAAAUAAAAAGCUAA